AUGACACAACCGCAAACCAAACAGCGUAAACUUAACAGGAAAUCUACUUUGAUCAUUAAUGCAUUUGAUAUGGGAUGUCCUGGAUUACAAAAUCCAGGACUUUGGAAACACCCAAAAGAUAAGUCAAGAAACUAUAAUACAAUUGAGUACUGGACCAAUCUUGCUAAAGCUUUGGAAAGAGGCAAGUUCAAUGCUCUCUUCAUUGCAGAUGUCAUGGGUGGAUAUGAUGUUUUUAACGGUCCUCAGAACUUAACUGCGGCUGCUAAAUCUGGGGCACAAUGGCCUAUCAAUGAACCAAGUGCUGUUGUGUCUGCAAUGGCCGCUGUUACCAAGAACCUAUCAUUCGCGAUUACUUUCAGUACUAUCAGUGAAGCACCUUACCAUUUUGCCAGAAGACUAGCCACUCUAGACCACUUGACAAAUGGUCGAGUUGGAUGGAAUGUCGUUUCUUCUUACUUGGAUAGUGCUGCAAGGAACUUGUUGAAUGGGGCAGAUUUGCCCCCGCAUGACGAAAGAUACGUCCGUGCCGAAGAAUAUCUUGAAGUGAUCUACGAUUUGUUCUUAUCUUCUUGGAGCGAUGAUGCUAUUAAAGUCGACCCAAAGACUGGAGUGUUUGCCGAUGCAGAACGAAUCAGGUUAAUCAACCACGACGGAAAACACUUCAAAGUUCCCGGCCCUAGUAUCACUGAGCCAACUCCUCAAAGGUUGCCGGUAAUUUUGCAAGCUGGUGCAAGUAAAUCAGGAGUGGAAUUUGCAGCCAAAAACGCUGAAGCUGUAUUCGUCAAUGACACUUCACCAGAGGGCUUGAAAGGUAAAAUUGAUAACAUCAAAGAGAUUGCAGCCAAGAAUGGGAGAAACCCAGAUGAUAUAAAGUUCGUGCAAUUGGUUACUGUGAUACUCGGUGAUACUCAUGAAGCUGCUAUAGAAAAAUUUAAAGAAUAUAAAGACCUCAGUGACUUAGAUGGAGCACAAGCUUUAUUCAGCGGUUGGACCGGUAUAGACAUUGGCCAGUAUGACUGGGAUCAAGAACUACAACAUGUUGAGAGUAAUGCAAUUCGUGGGUUCAUUGAAAAGUGGACGAAAAGAUUACCUGGAGAUCCUGAAAAUUUGAGAAAAACAAGAGAAUAUUUGGCUAAUAAAAUAAGUAUAGGAGGUUCAGGUGUAGUCUUUGUUGGAACCCCAUCUGAAGUUGCUGACGAGAUUGAGCGCUGGGUUGAUGUAUCCGGCUUGAAUGGAUUCAACUUUACUUACACCGUGACACCUCAAUCUUUUGAGGAACUUGUUGAUUAUUUGAUCCCUGAAUUGAGAAGACGGGGAUUGGUUUGGGACGAUUACCCAAGAGAAGGAAUUACAUUUAGAGAGCAACUUUUCGGAACUGAAGGUGAAGACCCAACUUAUCUUCGUUCAACUCACCCGGCUUACGAUCUUAGAUGGAGAGCUGGUGAAUCAAAAGAAGAACUCGAGGAAAGGAUUAAGAAAGUAAAGACAAAACAUUUUGGCAAAAAGUGA